CAACACUUGAUGAGCUAGAACGGCCUUUGAUACCUCCUCAUAAGCUCUCACGAACUUAAGCUCUGGCGACACUAUCUAGCUAUUAUGAUAAACUCAAAUGAAGAGCCCAUGGUCUGCCCUUUCUGUUUGCAAAAUUGCCGAGAAGCUUGGAGCGCCAAAGCACAUAUAGAGGGAGUUUGUCAGCGAUUCUGCUGGCUUCCCGAGUGGCUCGAAUUCUACGGGCGCUGUAGACCGCUGCUAGAUUCUGCAGAGAUACUGGAAGCACGAGAGCAUGUUCGUGCACAACAUAGCGUCGUGGACCCAGACAGCGGGAAAGACACCUUUGGUAUGUUACAGUGUCAGAUAUGCAUGGGAUUUCUGCGUAAUGGGGAGCACAUGAGAAACCACUUACGUCACAAAGAAUACCUUCAUGUCAAGUCGAUGCCGUGGUUCUUGUCAUUGAAUCUGGUCAAUAUCAAACAACCACCGUCUCGUUACAAGUCUCUCAUGGUUUCUUUUAUCCAAAGACUUUUGAAGAGAAUGCAAGAAGCGGGAGAAAUGCCAUUCCCGGUGGACCCUGAGCUCAAAAAGCAUCCUGCCUAUGCCUAUUAUUACACUCGCACGAGCUUACAACCAUCACCGGAUCUACGGACCCCAGUCUUUGGAAUCGAAGACUACCCUUCGACGACACAGAUGGCAUUGAAGAAGAAGAGACAAAAAGCCGAUUCUGAGGACCAUGCACGACCCACCACUAGUGAGUCGCCUAAUCUUAAUCGAGUUGCCAAAGUCGAGCCGCGGCAUCAAGAGGAAGAUGGCAAUGUGGUACCGUCAACGCAGCCAUCAGAAGAUAUGCAGGCCGAAUGUGUGGUGGAUAGUAUCUUGAGCGCCCAUAUGCCUUUUGUCGACUUGCUGCUAUCAACAAACAUCUUCUUCUGGUACGCCUGGCAUCUUGUCCAAGAUAUCGUGCAGGGUGUCCAAUCGACUGCAGAACUCUGCCUACUGCGACCCUUUGACUCCAUCAAAGAAGUUGUUGCAGAAAAUGUGGAUGAGGUCCUACGUACUGGCCAAUUUACCUCAGAGCAAGUAGCGGACAUGCAAGAGAAGUGGAACAGAGACGCUCGUUUCACGGCGGCACUCAGCAGGCUCCCGAGAGGCGGUAUCUACUGGAUCGAGGAAAGUUUGCGUGGAACAGUUCAAACAGUUAUGGAUUGGGUUGAGGCAGUUCAGAAGACCAUGCUUGCCAUUGCUACAAUCAUUGUGGAGCACUCUGCGCAGCAACGAUGGAGAGAUGCCGUUGCUCAUCGCACCUACCAGUGGGCUGGCGACACACAAUCUCUACUGUCGCGCACGGCGACAGUGCAGCGGACCAUCUUACAGUGCUUAACUGUACAUUGGAUUCACUGGCAGGAUCUCUGUCUCGAUAUGGAAGUGCAUCUCAAGUACAACGCAUCGAGACUGCAGAAGCGUUUGCAGCGGCUGCGUGAGGAGUACGAUACUGAAAUUGCUCCGCAUGCCGUACGGCCGCCUACCGCAGCUGAUGUAGGACCCGACUCUGAUUGAGGCGGUUGCGUCGCACGAGGCUUUAAGGACUAUAAUUUGUUAAAAUCGCUAUAGCAGACAGAUAACGCGAGAAGGCGUGAUAUUUCAUACCGACGUACAUUCUUAGGCAAUUAGUCCUUCCUACACGGUAAUGGCAGCACUCGCUGACGAUGCUGUGCCUCCCGCAUGACGGCUCGCGGAAGCAUUUGUCUUGGGUGCACCAGUAUCUGGAAGGACUCGUACAACCGCAGUAUUUGGAUCCACCAAAGCGACCAGAUCGAGAUUCGUGAAUUCAAGGUGUUCACGGUGAAUGUGAUCGAUAAUGUCCGAAA